UCGCACUUGUGCAGUCAGACAUGGGUUGUCAAAUUCCAACACUUCUGACCCCUCCCAUUUCCACGUUGACUUCCGCGCAGUACCGUUCCAAGUUCCGCGUUCCAUGUAUAAGAAUAGAGGAUUAUCGAUCGAAAUCAAAAACUGUUUAUUUACAUUAUCACCAUAAGAAAAUGAUUUCAGAAUCGGAGGGUGACAACAGUUGUGAGGAAGGACAAGACGAAGCAAGGAGGAGGCUGGAUGAAGCUUUGAUACAGAAGAAAAAACAGUUCCAGAAUUUAAGGAACAUUAAAGGAAGAACAAUAAAACGGCGAGAUACGGAUAAACAACAGAGACUUACUGCGUUCAAGGAGUCUUACAAAGGGAAAAAAGAGGUACCUCAAAGAAACAAGCCAUGGUCGGUUCUUGAGUGGCAAAACCAUUGGAAUUCCCUUGACCAAAGACAACAGGACAAUCUAGAUCGCAAGAAGUCUCACUGCCAUUGAAGUAUUGGUUCGAAGAUUAAUGAGAUGGCUGCAGAUUACAAUGCCUCAGUAAUUUGCUUAAUCCGUUACCCCAAUGGAACUCAACACACCAAGUAUGUGUUAGUAAGCGGAGGUGGAAUUAAAUAUUCCAAAUCAAGAGACGGUGUUCUAACUGAACAACUCUGGCAUAGAUAUUGGAACAAAAA